AUCUGAACUGCUUUAUGGAUCGUUAACGAAAAUCUUGGGCGAGGACAAUGUGAUUUAUGUCAGAGUUUAACCCGCUCUUAUAUGAGGAAUUUCCAGCAAUAAUCCAGUACUAUUUGCCAAAAGUUCUGAAUACAGCCCACGCGAUGUUAUAAAUCUCCGUUAUUGGCACGUUCAAAAACUACGUAAUGGUUUCAACUUUGAGUAUUUGUCUCCAAUUUUCGAAGAUCACGACUUGGAUCUAUAUCGUUAUGUAGUAUAAAAGUAAAGUUCUUAAGAUGUUAGAGGAGAUAAAACUUAUACGAACAACAUUAUUAUAGGAGCUUAUACUCUUUAUCUACUGCGGAUAUUUUAAAAUCUACAGACAUCGCCUAUAAACAUAUAUGAACUUUUAACAACGUGCAAAUAACAUGAAGAUGGAAUUUCACUUAAUAUGUCGCUCUGCAUGGAUACACAAUUAUUUCAGUAUCUUAAGAAUUAAAUGACAAAGAAAAAUCAAUCAUUCAACUUUACUUUAUAUAUAUGACAGAGAAACUAUUCAUCUCACCUGAACAACUACUAUUUGGAUCUUUUAAACGGAAAAAUAUUUUAGACUUACGCAUAUACAAAAAUUAAAUGGCAAGCGAGAUUAUAAUUAUACAUAACCACGAUUUGCAGCUUUUAAUAUUAAAUGUAUAACUUGUUCAUACAAGUUGGAAAUAUUAUUUAUUUAUUUCAAACCAAAUCAAAUUAAAAAGUAAAUGGACUGGACUUGUAUUUGAAUUUAAAGUGUGCUUUGUGUAUGUUCAAAUAUCAAACAGGAUAUGGAAUCAGGAAUUUAAUAUAUGGGAUCUAUAAAUUUUAAGUGAAAAAUCAACUGUUAUCUGCAGUUUAUUAUGCAACCGUUAUAAAAGUGUAUUGCCUACAUAUAUAUCCGAGAAAUACACAAUUGUCAACAAAUCGAUCUUUAAUAUGUACCUGAAAAUAACAGGUAUACAGAUCGAUAUUGGAUCUUCUCAGUGUUAGAUUAAUGGCGAGGGAUGAACUAUAUGUAAUGGCUGUAAGUGGAAUUUAUGGAUAUCACGCAACUAAAACUGGUUCGAAAUGUUCCUUAGUGUGGAUGGCCAGCUGUUUCGUCAUCCCAUCGUCUGUACAAUGUCGAACUAUAGGAACUUGGGAUGAUAUAUCCGAUGAUCUUCAUCGUCUUGAAUAUGUUGACAGUGAAAGUGACCAUGUUAUGCCUAGGAUGCUAACGCAUGCAGAUUUACACAGCGAAUCGCAAAACAAUGUUCAUGAAAUCUAUCGGUUAUCCCCUGAACCUUACCGGAAUGAAGGGGAUGGGAAUUCUCGUGAAACAGAACGAAGUUUCGAACAGGAAGACCCGAUUGAUGACUAUCUUGCCGAAUAUGCUCAAAUUAUUUCAUCUAAGGAGGAAGAAGAAGAGGAAAACAAUACAGAGGAAUAUAUUAGACCGUCAGAGACAAGUAGUCAGACUCAUGAUGAGAAAAGACAGAUAUUUGCUCGUCGGAAAAGUUGUUCGGAUGUAAGUAAAAAAGCAGGUUUAUCAUUGGGUUUAAGUAUUCCGAAAGACCAAUCGGCAGAUGAUUUUCAUGUAUCGUCUGCUGCAAGAUCUCCUAAUAAGCCAGACAAGUUCGAUUUUAAAAGUAUAACAGCAAUGGCUCGACGAAUGUCUAUUCCCAUUUUAGACAAAUCUGAAGACGUUGACCACGGAACAAAAAUUUACGGUGAAAAGUUGAUCAAGAAAAGUAGAACGACAAAACAAUUUCGAGAGGCCUUUUCAGAGGAAACUGAUGAUUAUAUUCCUCACAGAGCUCCCAAAACAUUAUCAAAAUCCUUAACCACUAGCGAAAUAGAAAAUGCAUGUGAUGAAUUAAAGAAUGAAAAGCCAGGAAGUAUGAAAAAUAUUGUUGCCGAGUUAAAACUAAGAGGUCAAAAUUACAAUGAAAGUAAGCAUAGGAAUGAAGAUAAUAACAACCAAGACAAUAAUUCAUAUCAGAAAAUGUCGAAAUCUUUAACAAUGUCCGAAAUAGAAAAAGCAAGCGACGAUUAUAAAAUAGAAUCCCCGGUUCAAUUCAGGUGUGUAGUGAAAGAACUCCAGCAACGCAGCGAGGACCUACCUGAAGACGGAUAUCAUCAUGACGAAUCGUUCGGAAGCAACAGCCUUGAUCAGUCUUUUACUGGGUCAUAUACAUCGGAUAGCUCCCAUACAAAUAGUCUACGCAGAAAUAGAUCUGACGACAGUCGCAGAAUGGAAAAAAAUAAUUACAAGGCAAAUAGAUCAAGUGAUCCAGUCCGAGGAUACUCUAACACUUUACCAAGCAAUAGGGCGCACAAUUCUCGUUCUACCGAAAUUCGCAAUAAUCACACAAACAGACUUAGCGACUCAAUGCGGGAUAGUCAUUUUUCCAAGACACUUCCUGCUAAUUUUGACGGAAAUAUCAGUGGUGCUAGCACUCCACGGAAUUAUCGCGAUGAACACAAUUCUAAAAUAAAUUCAUCAAGGCAAAAAAGUGAAGAGCCUGCGUCAGAUCUUAUGAAGAAAUUAAACAAUCUAACGGCACAAACAAGAAUGGCAACGAGACCUAGUCUCGGAAACAUAGAAGGAUACGAACCUUCAUCUUCAACAAUGAUGCGGUCACAGUCUGUGAUGAAUGUAUCUUCGCCAUUAUCACCGAGAUAUGACCGCAACCUAUUAUCGAGUAGUUUAAGUUCGUCGACUUCUUCUUCUUCGGACAUACCUGCAAUAUCUUACCACAGUGUUGUCGAUCCGUGUCACAGAUGCUGGAAAACUGUUUAUUCAUUGGAUAAAGUUGGACCAAUCAGAAAAGUGCAGUAUCAUAAACAGUGCUUUCGAUGUGUCACGUGCAAUACGAUGCUUUCACUGAAUACUUACAAACAAAAUGUGAAUGACAAGUCGGACGUGCAAGUUUAUUGCAAGAAACACGUCCCGACCCUUGAAUCACCUCACAUCGACUUGGAGGCGAAAAAUUUAAAUGUGAUGAUGCAUCAUCCGAAAUUGGAUAGUGUGAAUACAAAUAUCAGAGGAGGGACACUAGAGGAUAAACGUAAAAGUAGAAAUCUUCACCCAUUGCGUAUAGGGCGUGCCGUCAGCACUCCUAGGCUAGAUUUAAUUUGUGGACCAAAUGAUAACUCCGAAUCGUAUGAUGCUCCUAGUAUCGACAAAAAUGGCAAUGUUAGUCUGCGAGAAUUAAAAAUGGACGAUACACCGAGGUCUGUUUGGUCGAGGUCAACUUUCUCGGCUGCUAAAUUGGAUCUGACGGUACCAGCUUCUGCACGGACUGGUUCGUCGCUAUACCGAACAGUGGACACAUGGAAUUACCUAUGAAUAUAUGGAUAUAACGCAAUAUUUAGUACUUAUAGUCAAUGUGUUCAAAUGAAGUUAUAAUGGAUAAUAUUUAUCUCAUUUUAAUCUUUAAUCAUUUUUUUCAAAAGUUGGGAGUGCCGGUUUUGUUUCUGGCACACCGAAAAGGCCGUAUCAUUCAUCAAUAUGUUGGUAAAUGCUUCUUCGCCUAUAGUCGUAACUUUCAGUUUCUAUAACUGGUUACAUUAUCCUUAUAGGCAUAUAAUAUAUCUACAACCACAGGAAAAACAAAACUUUGAUUAAAAAGCCUUCAAAUGAGAAACAUUAAUCGUCAACUAUGUAUGCUAGUGCCUCAAAACUGUUUAUUUUACUUUGAAACAGGUUACUUUGAAAUAUCAUGUAAUAUAUAUUUAGGUAACAAUAUACAAAAAAUGUAUCAAUAUUGUCUGGAUUAGAUCUACGGCUAGUUCACUUGUCCCCUUUUUAUUUUUACGAUUUUAAAAGUCUUGCCUUUUACUGUGCUAAUGUAUUUAAUUGAUACAUAUAUAUUGUGGUUUUAUGGGUUAAAUUGGCAUAACACCAAGCAUUUAAAAUACAAACAAAACAAAAAUCACGCCUUAAAUGAUUCAAGAUUCGAAGAAUGUUAUAUUUGUUUAAAAUUUUGAAUGAUCAUAACUAUGUAUGUGACUAACACGAUUUCGAAUACUUUAUGGACAUGGCAAAUUUAUUAAUUUUUUUUGUUUUUUUAAAGUUUUUUUAUGAUGACUAAUUAUCAAUAUUUAAUUUUGCAGUCAACCCUAAAUAUUUAUUUAACCGAUAGCUUUAAGCAUAUAUUACUUGGUCCAUUAUUUAUUUGAUCAAAUUUAAUGUACCUGAGAAUGUUAUAUUGCAAUUAAAAAGUACUUAUAUUUUGUAAUAAAUAUAUAUGUAGCUA